CGCGCUCCCGGCCGUGCGGAGGCCGGUGGUCGGUGCCCCGGGGGGGUGGGGGGGGUGGGCGGGCGGGGGAGGCCCGGCCUCGGCGCCACCAUGACUCUGGAGUCCAUGAUGGCCUGUUGCCUGAGCGACGAGGUGAAGGAGUCGAAGCGCAUCAACGCCGAGAUCGAGAAGCAGUUGCGGAGGGACAAGCGCGACGCCCGCCGCGAGCUGAAGCUGCUGCUGCUGGGCACUGGGGAGAGUGGAAAGAGCACGUUCAUUAAGCAGAUGCGUAUCAUUCAUGGCUCAGGCUACUCUGAAGAGGACAAAAAAGGCUUCACCAAGCUGGUGUACCAGAACAUCUUCACUGCCAUGCAGUCUAUGAUCAGGGCCAUGGAAACCCUGAAGAUUCUGUACAAAUAUGAACAGAACAAGGCCAAUGCAGUGCUGAUCCGGGAAGUGGAUGUAGAAAAGGUCAUGACAUUUGAGCAGCCCUAUGUAAGUGCAAUUAAAACAUUGUGGAAUGACCCUGGAAUCCAAGAGUGUUAUGACAGGAGAAGAGAAUAUCAGCUUUCUGACUCAGCUAAAUACUAUCUCAGCGAUGUGGAUCGUAUCGCUACCCCAGGAUAUCUACCAACUCAGCAAGAUGUGCUACGGGUUCGAGUUCCUACAACUGGGAUCAUAGAGUACCCCUUUGACCUAGAGAAUAUUAUCUUCAGAAUGGUGGAUGUUGGAGGGCAAAGAUCGGAACGAAGGAAGUGGAUCCAUUGCUUUGAAAAUGUGACUUCCAUCAUGUUUUUAGUAGCACUUAGUGAAUAUGACCAAGUUCUGGUGGAAUCUGAUAACGAGAACCGGAUGGAAGAGAGCAAAGCCCUCUUUCGAACCAUUAUCACUUACCCAUGGUUCCAAAACUCUUCUGUUAUCCUCUUUCUCAACAAGAAAGAUCUGUUGGAAGACAAGAUCCUUUAUUCCCACCUUGUCGACUAUUUCCCGGAGUUUGAUGGCCCGCAGAGGGAUGCGCAGGCAGCCCGGGAGUUCAUUCUCAAGAUGUUUGUGGAUUUAAAUCCCGACAGCGAUAAAAUCAUCUAUUCCCACUUCACAUGUGCCACAGACACGGAAAACAUCCGUUUCGUCUUCGCAGCUGUCAAGGACACCAUCCUACAGCUCAACCUGAAGGAAUACAACCUGGUUUGACCCCGCUCUGCUCUCAGCCCCGUCGAGAGGCUUCGUUGGGAAGAAAAGACAAAACAAGAAAGUUUCCAGACAACAGGAAAACCACAAAAGUUUUAAUUCCUUUUUUUUUUUUAAUUUGUUUUAUUUUUUUUUCCUUUUUUUUUGGGUUUUUUUUUUGAUGAUGUAAUGAUUGCAAAUUGUCUGACCUGUGGAGUGGCACGUGCUCAGUGUUACCCUGGAGUCUCAUGUCUCUGUCCACAGAGUAGCUGAUUUCCUAUUUUAACAAGAUCGCUUUUCUUUCACAAGUUAACGGGGAUAUGCCUCAUCUCUUCAGCACCUUGCUUACUUCUUACGUUCUGCCAACUUAAAGCAGCCUCAUCUUGAGCUUUCCUUCGUUGCUUCGCCACUUUUUGCCUCCCCCUGCCCCUUUCCUCCCCCCCCCGUUUUCAUUCCCAUGGUAUAUAUAUAAAUAUAUAUAUAAAAACAACCCCCAACUUUCCAGCUGAGAUUGUGCAUUCACUGGACUGUGGGAGUGCAGAAUGCUACUGGGCCCUUUGCCUUGUGCUAUGGGUGCCUCUGGUGUCAGUUGUUAACCCUGCUUGCUUCUUGCCCUUCCCUUUCCCUUCCCCAGGACACGCUCCAUGGUUCACUGUGAUGAAACGUUGGGGAGGAGCAAUUGCUCUCCAACCAUUGUGCAAAAAAGAAACCCCACACAAGAAAAAGGCCAACCACAACCACCACCACCACCACCACCAAAAGCCAUCACUUUGCCAUUCUUGAUAUGUUCUAGUUUUGAGUUAUUUUGUUUCUUUAUCAAUGAUAAAAGGUAUGGAGACUGUGAUUAUUAUUUUUUUUUUAAAUUAUUGAUGUUCUAUACAUAGUUUGCUACGUGUUGCUGUAUUUUGUUCAUGGACUACAAAUGAUGGAAGCUCUUGGAGCAAUAGCUGCUGAGCCUGGGGAAGUGCCUGACUGUAAUUGUUCUUUCGUUUUCUCUGUUUUCUUUAGGUUUGAAUUUUAGGUUUGCUUUUCCUUUUGGUUUCUCACACACAUCCCCACAUCCUCCCCCUCCCCACACACCACAAGGGCUCCAUUUGCAGAGGGCAGACUUAGGUCUUGGCGAGUAGACAGCGGUGGUGUGUGACAUGGAGCGGCUUCUGCGGGCAGCGCAGCCCCAAAGCGCGCCGAGGAGUUGUGGCAUUCCAGCAUCACGCUUGGAUGGGAAAUCUCUCUAGUCUCGUGCCACCCUUGAGUUCUUUUCUUGCUGCUAGUAGCAAACAAGCCUUGAUUAUUGUUCUGUGCCAGUGUGUUCAAUUGACUGUGUAAGAAUUCCUUGGUCCUGUCCAGCUCGUAGGUUCAUAGGAAGGACCAGAGUUGGUUCGUGACCAACUUUGGGAUGGAGGGAGGAUUCUUACUUGAAAAGCUUGAGGAUGGAGGAGGAGGAGCAGUUCUCCCUCUCCUCUUUAUGCAUUCCCCAUAGGCACAUGCUGCUGGGUUUCUCUUGAGAGGAGUAGGGAUCCUCGUUGGAAGACUUGCACACAACCUUGCUCCAGGGGGAUGUGUGCUGUGUCGUGGCGCGGUGGGAGCAGGGAGCUCUGCUGUGCUGGUAGCAGGAGAGCAGAGAGCAGGCUUUGCUGGUGCAGGGUGGAAGGUAGAGCAGCAGCAGUUGUGGAUUCUAGAUGCCAAAUGGAACUCCACUGAGCGGAUUGAUGUGAAGCCUUUGCACAUCGCAGAGCUGAGGCAAGUGAACGGAUGUGCUGCCGAGCUGCUGCCAGCCUGGAAAGUAACUGCAGUGGCAAGGAGCAGGGAUAGGAAGCAGGGAAACCUGCCCCACCGCUGGCUAUGUGUUGUUUAGCAUCAUCAAUGCUUCUCUUUCAAUUCCAACCAGUAGCAUCGGGUCCAAAUUCUCUGGCUCAAGCAGGUUGCCCCCGUGAAGGCCUGAAGGUGAAGACAUGAGCUGCACUGUUGAAGGGGGCUGUUGAUAUUUUGUCUCUUUUGUAGACAGAGCACUACAUCAGUGUUUUGCACAUGUAAGAGUCAAUCUUAACUGUCUGAGAUGCUUUGAUCCAGAACACUACAGUAGGGAGGGACAGCGUUGUUGUUUCUAGGUCCCUCUUGUGAGGGAAGCCUCUGAUGUCUCAGAGCACUACAGGAGAAAGGAAGCUCUGCUCAGAGCCAUGAGAGAGCUCGAGGUGGAGCAGUAGCCAUGGGACCAACAGUUGAAGAGCCAGUGUGGCUGAGCAGUGAUGCUGGGGGGAAGCGCAGCAUCUCUUUAGAGUAGCCACGCUCUGGCCUGCAUGGAACACUUGGGAGGAAGGAGAGGGAUUCCCAUGUGUCAGACAGCUUUGCAUCAAUUUUACUGCUUGGUUUUCUUUUUUGUCUUUAUGCCAAAACGAUCCAUUUUGUAGAAACUGUCCUAUAAAGAGGAAUUUAUAAUCAUCCGGGUGUAUUCGAAGCGCUGCUCAGCCCAAGCAGAUGGCAGCAGCAGCCUCUUCUGUGAUCCUCUUGGAGAUGGUUCACACUACAGCUAUUGCCAGCCCAAAGCUGGCGCUGAGAGACACAGGUUCUUGGGAAUAACUUCCCAGAAGUUCUUUCCCAAGGUGAAUGAUGGUGGUACUGCCACUUGAAUCAGAAACUCCUUGGGUUUGUAUCCUCCCCUUCUUGAAGUGCUGCUGCCCUGGCACAGGAGGAGGGAGUUUGGCUUCUGUCUCUUGCAGAAGGACUCUGUUGUGUGGGAGCUGUUGAGGCUGUGGGCACGAGGAGUUAGGGAGGGGUGAGUACCUUGCUGAGCAACUCCUUGGUGUAGCUGUUGGCCUGGUGACUGACUUGGCAUGGUGGUUACUGCAGAGGGAAGGGGAGAACGUUCCGCGAUGGCUCUUAGGAGUUCUGAACCCUCCUUUGGAAUGAGGCAGGGAAUGGGUCAGCCUCAUGUGUGUGUGAUCCAGAGUUGGCCAUGGGCUGUGUUCCAUGUGAGGACAUCCCACUUUUGGCUUGUCUGAGCACGAGGGAGCUCGUGUGCCUCUGGCUUGGCCAGCGCCGCGUUGGUACCGCGCUGGUUCGCAUCUCUCUUGGCUGGUCCUUUGGCAAAGGCCUGCCCUAGUAAAAGUGCCAAGCCCGAAACCAAAUUUGCCUCUUUUCCCCCUUUUUCCAUAAGCGAGGCCAGUUGGAAUGUUCCACAGGUUGAGACCUUCAGGAAAGAGGUGGAAUUGGGUUCUUUGGGGGGAUAACCUCGCAUCUUGAGCCCGCGGAUAUGGUCUCUGGGCCAACCUCUGCUCUUUGCUCUGCUGAAGAAACCAACUUUGAAACGUGAGGUGAGGAGCAUCCCGCUUUUCCUUCUGCCAUUCCAGAUGGAUUGGAGCAACAGCCCCUUCCCGCUUCAGCGUGUCACAUAGCUCCUUGCCCUUCUCCCAUCUCACGGAGGUGGAUUCCUUGGUUUCUUGUUGCUUCCUCGCAGUUGUCGGCCUUGCCUUCCACUCUGGGUUUUCUUCAUGUGUUUUCUUGGUUUUUAAAAAAGAAAAAGGAAAAAAAAAAAGAGAAAAAAUGUAAAAAAGUAAAAAAAAAAAAGGUUAAAACCCCCACUUCUAUAUAUAUAUAAAAAUAUAUCUAGAGUACUUGCCGAGUGUGCUGCCCGUUGUGUCGUUCUGUACAGAGCCCAGGUCGUGAGAGUCCAGCCGAGAUCCAGUGUGUUCUGCAGCACCCAGUUAUUGAAGAGUAUGGUUCGUGCCAAUGCCCCUUCUUUAGUAGUGCCAGAGACUCUUGCCAAGUGCCAAUGUGGUGGAACUUCUUCGGUUAGACUUGUACCUUCUCAUUGCAGACCAUUUCACCAUUAGCCUCUUGAAAAGGAGCCUCUCUCCGACGCUGUUUUUAAACCUUGUCCUUUGCAGUGCAUGUAUUGUUGUGCGUGUUGGGGUGGGAGGGAGGGCAGAGGGGAGGGGAAAGGAGUUGCUGAAUAAGAUACCCACUGUCCGGAUCUGUUCAGGCUCCAAAGUGUCUCAUUCCAGUCCAGGAGUGGGUUUGUUUCUUGCAAUGAUCCCAUUCCGACUGCUGGGCAACAACCCCCUUAGGGCAGAAAUCUCGGAUGGAAAAACAAACAAAAAACCACCAUGGAUUUUCAUAUCUUUCUCCUGAAAUAAAAUUCUCUGUUUGAAAUUGGAAUAAAUUUUGUUCCUAAAAGC